AUGAAUAACCAGACUCAUCAGAGUGUUCAGGGCCAGCUGAACAUGAGGUUUGCCCCGCAAUAUGUUCAGGGGGGCAAUAGUAAUACGCCAACAGAACUGCUUCAACAAGCUCAAGCCCACGGCGUGGUGAACGGAUUACAGUUAUCUCAGCAGCAAGCUCUCAAGCAACAGCAACAGCAGCAACAACAACAGUCUCAGGCAGCACUUGGGAUGUUGAUGUCUCCACAGAGUCAGAAUAGAACAUUCCAACAACAACAACAACAGCAACAGUUACUCCUCCAACAACUGCAGCAACAGGAAGCAGUGGCUGCUCUUCAGGCCCAACAGGCCCAACAGCAACAGCAACAGCAACAGCAGCAUCAGCAACCAACAUCUGUAAGAGAAGUCUGGGCUCAAAAUAUGGAAAACGAGAUGAUGUUGAUCAGGAAAUUAGCUGAAAAGUUCACAUAUGUGUCUGUCUCCACGGAAUUUGCAGGUAUAGUAGCGAGGCCAGUUGGAUUGUUUAGAUCCACAAAAGAUUACCAUUACCAGACCAUGAGAUCGAAUGCGGAUAUUUUGAAUUUGGUGCAAAUCGGAAUAACUCUGAGUGAUAAAAACGGCAAAAGGCCAGAUCCGUGUACCUGGCAGUUCAACUUCAAAUUCGAUCUGGAGAAUGAGAUGUUCUCAAAGGACUCCAUUGAUGCCCUUCUAUUGGCUGGAGUGAACUUCAAUAAUGCCAGAGAUCACGGAAUUGACCCAUUUGAGUUUGCUCAGGUGUUAACCGACAGUGGAUUAUGUUUACUGGACAAUGUUACAUGGAUAAGCUAUCACGCUGGUUAUGACUUUGGGUUCCUGAUAUCGUUGCUCACGAACAACUCGAUGCCGGUUGACGAAGAGGAAUUCUCCUGGUGGUUGAACGCUUAUUUCCCCAAUCUUUACGACAUAAAGCAAGUCUCCAAGCUGCUAAAGAACUUGUCCAUGAGCAAGAGCUCUUUGGAAGGACUUGCCGAAGAGCUCGGAGUCGUGAGAAGUGCAGGGUUGACGUCAUUGCAGACUGGAGGCCAGUCGAUUCUGUCUCAUCUGUGUUUCUGGGAAAUCACGAGGCUCGUCGGGGAGUCGUCGCUAGAGGCUUGCAAGAACCAGAUCUGGGGGCUCAGUACUGCUAAAGACGAGGUAUCUGGACCUGGUGAUCUGGGUCUGUCUUCGCCUAUGCAACAUCCCAGCUCGGAGAAGCACCAUUUGCACCAGGGUGGGAUUUUGUCUCCCAGAAUGGGGAUGAUGCAAUACGGCAGGCAAUUAUAG